CCCGCGCAUGACGCCAAGAUGAGUCGUACGCGCAACCGUCCGCUUGUCCGAAAGCUCAUCAGCCCGCGCGGAGCCAUCGCCUUUGCCAUUGCAUGCGGUGUCGUUGGCACCGGGGCUCUCUAUUACGGUGUCAAUCCCACGACUGCUUUUCUCGGCGCGGCAAACAUUGUCCUCUACGCGGGCGUGUACACGCCCAUGAAGCGCAUGCACGUGCUCAACACCUGGGUCGGCGCAGUGGUUGGAGGAAUCCCUCCGCUCAUGGGCUGGACAGCGGCGGCGAGUCAGUAUGCGCACGACGGCACAUGGCAAGAACUCUUAUUCGGGGAGGGCUCCGCUGGGGGGUGGCUAUGCGCCGCCCUUUUGUAUGCCUGGCAGUUUCCCCACUUCAAUGCGCUAAGCUGGUCUAUCCGUGAGGAGUACAAGAACGCCGGGUACCGCAUGUUGGCCUGGGUCAACCCCGCGAUGAACGGACGCGUUGCAUUGCGGUACGCCGUUCUCAUGUUUCCAAUAUGCAUUGGCUUGUCCUACUCAGGCGUUACCGACUGGAGCUAUGUUGUGACGAGCAGCGCCGUCAACGGCUGGAUGGCACUCAAGGCUUGGCAGUUCUGGAAGGCCGAGGGCCACAAAGGAACAGCAAGGGGUCUGUUCUGGGCUAGCAUCUGGCACCUGCCGAUAGUAAUGGUGCUGGCCAUGGCUCAAAAGAAGGGGCUAGGCGAGCGCAUCUACCGAAGUCUGUUUGGGUACCCGGAUAUUGACGAAGAAGAUCUCUAUUACGAUGCUGGCGAGCUUGAAGACGAGGAGCAAAGGCAGUUGGCCAUUGUCGAGGGCAGAAGCAAGGCCUGAAAAUUACUCGACCGAUCCCCGACAUGA